AAUUUAUCUUCUUUACGUAGAAUCGAAAACAAAGCUUUGGAGUCGAUUCUCGAUCUCGAUUCUCGGAAUAGAUGAAUAGACUCUUUUUUUUUUUUUUCCAUAGAGGAUACUUUCUUAGUUGUAGUCAUUGACGAAAUAAAAAAUAAAUCUGUGUUUGCAAAUAAUAUUUUGCUCUUAAAUAACUUUGGGAAUCGCUUUAUAUUGGAUUUUGCUACAACUUUACUGUAUUAAACCUCUUUUGCAGGCGACAUCAGUUGUCUCGAGCGAAUCACCAUGGUCCAAGCCAAGACCUGGAUCCUGAAGCAGCACUUUGAGGGAUUUCCUAAAGACAGUGACUUGGAGCUGAAGCUGGAGCAGCUUCCAGAGCCCAAAGAUGGAGAAGUACUUCUGGAAGCAGUGUUCCUAAGCGUGGAUCCCUACAUGCGGCCUUAUAGUCGUGUUCGAAUGCAGCCAGGAGAUGUGAUGAUUGGAACUCAGGUGGCCAAAGUUAUUCAGAGUAAGAACCCAGCAUUUCCUGAGGGCAGUCAUGUGGUCGGUCAGUGCGGAUGGAGGACACACACUAUAUCAGAUGGAACCGGUUUAACCCAGGUCCUGAGCGACUGGCCUCAGGAUGUUCCUCUUUCUCUUGCUCUCGGGGGCAUCGGCAUGCCAGGGCUGACUGCUCUGUAUGGUUUAGAAGAGGUAUUGGCCAUCAAACCAGGGGAGACGGUCCUGGUGAACGCGGCAGCUGGUGCUGUGGGGAGUGUCGUGGGUCAGAUCGCUAAACUGAAAGGCUGUAAAGUGGUGGGUUCAGCUGGGAGCGAUGCUAAAGUGGCCUUUCUAAAAGAGCUCGGUUUUGACUAUGUCUUCAACUACAAAACUGUGCCAUCUCUGGAGAAAGCUCUAAAAGAGGCCUCACCAGAGGGAUACGAGUGCUACUUUGAGAAUGUUGGUGGUCAGUUCUUCACUGUCGCACUCUCACAGAUGAAGCAGCGUGGGAGGAUUGCUGUUUGUGGAGGAAUUUCCCUUUACAAUGAUAAAGAACCCCAGACUGGUCCUUUUCCACACCUGCAUGUGAUCUUUAAGGAGUUGCGAAUGGAAGGCUUCCUGGUGUGGAGAUGGCAGCAUAAAAAUGAGGAGUCUCUGAGAAGGCUCUUGACUUGGCUGAAGGAGGGAAAGCUGCAGUGUAAAGAGCAUGUGACUGUUGGUUUUGAGAACAUGCCAGCUGCCUUCAAGGGGAUGCUGCAGGGAGAAAACACUGGCAAAGCCAUCGUUAAAGUCUGAAGCCCUUUCUUCUGGGUCUCUGUUGCAUAACUGAGAAUGUCCCGUGCAGCACAUGUAAUAAAUUCUUUGGUUCGUUUUCUGUCUUUUCUUAUAGUCUGUAGUGGUGUUUAUUUAGAUAAUGUGACGAUGCAACUGUUACUUAAAAAGCACCUUUUGAAGAUUUAACAGUUUAGUCAGAGAUUUCGAUGUAGCUUAGCACAAAAUCCAAACAAACUUAGCCAUCUGCUCUUUGUUAAUGCCACAGCACACUCAUGACUAAAUGCUGGUUCAGCACCUCCAUGUCUUAACUGCUUGGAUGCUGUUUCAUAUAACUUGGAUAUUUUAUUUUAAUUUUUACAUUUUCAAUUUGGAUAUUGGCCUGGACUCCAAAAACACACGGCCAAAACUAUCUACUGCAAUGUAAUGCAAAUCUUGAUUGAAAUAAAUAAUUAUUAACAUUAAAAAAAACUAGGCCUUG